CACGCAUCUUUCUUUGUACGCUCUAUGCAGUUCCUCGCGCCCGACGUGGUAUGGUAAUGAUGUGCCGCCGCCGAGUGCCGAUCGCCGUCGAUAAUCGCGCUCGGGCAGCGUAGGCGUCUUGUUGUUUUGAACCAUCUCGUGAAGCGUGUUCUAUCUUAAGGCUAAGGGUUGGCUUAUCUUCACCCGGCUUUAAUUCUCUUCUGCGUCCAGCGAAGCAGGUUCUGUGGCUAGGGUUUUUUGUGCCGCUAUCGUGAUGCCUCCCGGGAAAAAAAGGGGCGCGAACCGUCCCAAGGCGACGGGUGAUUUACAGCUUGGGGAUCUUGUUCUUGCGAAGGUCAAGGGAUUCCCUCCGUGGCCAGCGAAGAUAUGUAGGCCGGAAGAUUGGAACAAGUCGCCUGAUCCGAGGAAGUACUUUGUGGAGUUUUUUGGAACUUCUGAGAUUGCUUUUGUUGCCCCAGCUGACAUUGAAAUAUUUACCAAUGAAUCAAAAAGCAAGCUAUUAACUCGAUGUCAGAGUAAAACUGUCAAAUAUUUUGCUCAAGCUGUGGAGGAGAUCUGUGAUGCUUUUGAAAAAUUGCAGAAUUCGUCAAAUGAAUUGGGGGAAGGCUCUUCUAAGAUUGAUCUUGGCUCUAUAUCUUCAUCGACUGUUGGUGAUGAAGGUAAACGACAUCUCAGCUGCGAUGACAUGGAUCAAUUGGAAGUUCAGAAUGUAAUCCUUGAUAACUCUGAAAAUGAUAAAAAAUUGGGCUCUAUCAGUGAACUGCAUUUAGAACCAUGCUCGCAGAGCCGCAAGAGAACAGACAUAACUGAGCUAAAUGAUGUUGCCGGUGAGCCAGAAUCUCCAGUCCUGUCGUUUAAGAGAAAUAAAUCAUCAGUUCAUAACAAAAAAAGGCCAAAAGAAGUAAGAGCGACUGUAGCUGAACCUGCUUAUGAUGGUGAUAUAUUGGAGGAAAAAGCUACUGUUCAUCUGGAUGACACCCACCAAAGUGUUUGUGAAACAUUCCCUGUAAACAAAGUUGUAGAGACUUCUCUGAAACCCCCUACAGAUGACAGAGAUCUUAAGGUCCCAACUUCAUAUUUGGAAACUAUAGAUAGCAAACGGCAGGAAGACACAAAUGAUCAAGCAAUAUCAACUGAAGUCGCUUUACUGAAAAAUGAAGUGGAUGUCGAUCUGAAAGUGCAAAAUGAUCAUGUCCGACAAGUGAAAAUAAAGAAGCGUCCACCUGCAACUCGUGCUUCUGUUUCUGAAGGUGGAGUUAAAUCUAUCAGUGAAGAAUUUUCUGGAGAUUCUAAAAAGUUAGGAAUACGUGUUAACUCUGUAAAAAGAUAUGGCAGUUCGAAAAAUUCCAAGAAAAAAUCAGCUGAAAAUGAUAUGCCACCUAAAGGUGUUUUCAAGGAAAAGCCCACUACUUCUGAUGGAGCAAUGCUUCCAGAGUCAUCUCUAGACUUUAAGGGUGACGAUUCAGCUGGCAGCAUAAAACGUAAGCUGGUUAAUAAUGAUGAUAUUCACUUGACCAAAAGAUCAAAAAAUGGCAAGGGAGUUGAUAUGCCUAAAUGCUCCAGUAAGAGUGAGUUGUCUCCUUUCACAUCCAACAAGAGUAAGAAUAGUGUCAAGAAAAGAACAUUGGGAGUUCAAAAAGCUGAUAUUAACGCAGAAUCCAUGGCAGAGUCUUAUGAUACAAUGAAACAGUCACAUUUAGUGAAGCCAUGUAAGGAAUCAGAUGAUGUUUUAAAUUCUUCAGUUACCAUUGCGGAUAUAGCUAAAAAGGCAUGUAAAGGAUCAGGUGAUGUUCUGAAUUUUUCAAUCUCCAGUGAUGACGCAAGUAAGAAGAGCAACAGUGGUGUUAAAAGGAUGAGUUCUAAACCCCUUGGUACACAUGCUCCCCCAAAAAGGAGAGCACUGCGGUAUGUUGAUGAGGAUGAUGAUGAUGGUGAAGACUGUAGAACUCCAAUUCAUCGGGAUACUACUGGAACUUUGUUGAGGGAACAUUCAACGGCGCAUGAAUCUGUUGGGAAAGUGCACAUAAAGCAGGAAUCUUCCAUAGAAUCUACUCCAGAUCUUCCUCUUUCAAAUGCUGAAAAAGUUACUGUCAGAAAUGUUAGCGCUAGGAUGAAGGAAAGUACAGAAAAUAAUAUGGGAUUUCUAAAUGUAGUUAAUAAUCGUUCUUUAGCUCCUAGCCCCUGUAAUAUUGAUGAUAAAAGGUUGGAAAGUGCGAUAGACUUGCUUGCUUGCCAGAAUUCCAUGAAGCAAAAAGAGAAAGAAACUGCUGCACCUGAGAUUAGAGCACAGAGUACUGCACUUGAAACUAUAAUUAGCCCGGGAAAUGUUGGAAAAUUGGUUAGUCACAAGGAUAUCAAGCCUCGUAUUACAAAACUACCAGCCCUUGUGAAUUCUAUUCAAACUCAUAGUUCGAUCAAAACUAUGGGAACCACAAACAAUUCACGUAGUCAGUUAAUUUUGCAGAAGAAUAAACCAUCUUUGGAGAAAUCUAAAGUGAAAUCCGGUAUACAGGUGACUGUGGAUACUGAAAAUAGGCAUGACAUCAAUUUUUCGGCAGAUUGCAGUGCUGAGAAGGAUGUUCUGAUAGGCCAAAGGGAGGCCAAUUUUACCGAUGCAUUGACUGAGAGCAAAUUUACGGAUUCCAUGUCAAUGAGACAUCUUAUUGCUGCUGCUCAAGCUAAAAGGAGACAAGCACAUUCCCAGCAUGCAUACAAUGGAAAUGGUUCUGCCGGCUCUGCUUCUAGUCCACAUCGUAGCCAUGGGAGAAGCCCAAACCUUAUUUCUGCUGCACAUCUUUUUUCAACCGUAGAUGUCCAGAAAGAUAAGAAAUGGUUUCAAGUGCCUGCAGAUGCUGAUUCCCCUCCAGCUUCUCAACAGUGUCUUGCUGUGAAUCUGGAAGAGCAUGAGGAUUAUGAUUGUAGACCUUGUACAGGUUACCAACAACCCGGCAAUUCUUCAAGUGGUGGCACUGAAGCUGUUGUUGCUCGAGAUGCUUUGGAGGGAAUGAUAGAGACAUUGUCACGAACAAGGGAAAGUAUAGGGCGUGCAACUCGUCUUGCUAUUGACUGUGCGAAGUAUGGUAUUGCUAAUGAGAUCAUAGAACUUCUCAUCCGCAAAUUGGAAGGUGAACCCAGCUUUUAUCGCCGGAUAGAUCUGUUCUUUCUUGUGGAUUCUAUUACUCAAUGCUCACAUAAUCAGAAAGGCAUUGCAGGGUCAUCUUAUAUUCCUGUUGUGCAAGCAGCAUUGCCACGCCUUUUGGGUGCUGCUGCUCCUUCUGGAGCUUCAGCUCGUGAGAAUCGACGACAAUGUCUUAAGGUUUUGCGGUUAUGGCUGGAGAGGAAAAUUCUACCAGAAUCAAUUCUUCGUCACUGUAUGGAAGAAAUUGAUGUUUCUAAAGAUGAUUUGAUUUCCGGGCUUUCUCUUAGGCGUCCAUCUCGUGCUGAAAGAUCUGUAGAUGAUCCAAUCAGAGAAAUGGAAGACAUGCUUGUAGAUGAGUAUGGAAGCAAUGCAACAUUCAAGUUUCCUGGUCUACUAUCUGCUCACGUUUUAGAAGAAGAUGAAGAUUUUUGCUGCAGUCCCUCUAAGGGUAUUGCAAAUAAUUCUCCCCAAGGAGCAGUUGUUGGUUUGGGAGGUUAUAUUUCUGGAAAUCAUCCCGUUGACAGACAUCACCAUAUUUUGGAGAAUGUGGAACAAGAGAUGGAGAUGGAAGAUGUUCCAGCAAAUUUUGUGGAUAGAAGUGAUACCAUAAAUUUUGCACCUCUAAAUGCAGAAUGUAACCUGGCUGAGGAAUCUACAUGUAACCAUCAAAAUGUCAUCCCACCUCUACCUGCAGGCUCUCCUCCUCUUCCUGUAGAUCCUCCACCUCCACCACCACCAUUGCCUCCUUCACCACCUCCUCUUCAACCCCCACCUCCAUCAUCACCCCCACCACUCCCACCACCUCCACCUCGAUCACCGCCGCCACCCCCUCCACCACCUCCAUUGGUACCUCUACCUGCACUAUUAACUGAAUCAUCUGUCUCUCACCCUCCUUUGCCUUCAUCACCAUGUCCAUAUAAGAGCCAUCCUUCUCUUCCUCAGGAAUACUGCAGGACAGAAAGUGAGAGUCAGUUACUCCAGGUAACUAGCAAUUCCAUUGAAGACCCUAGUGGUUCUGGAGUGAAAGGUGAAGUGGUUAUGCAACAGUCUUCUAAUUAUGUGGCUCCUGGAAUUGGCUACACUCAGCCUGUUACUGGCAUUACAUCCUCCAGACAAUUUGAAUUUGGACAACAUGACACAUAUUUAGUGCCUCAGGUUUCUCACCCCAAUCAACUUUUUCAGCAAGGUGUUGCAUCAGUUCAGCAUAGACCUUCACAUUCACUUCCAUCACAGGCAACCUUAAGUCACCCCCUUCCAAGUUCUCAGAUGCAAUCAAAUCAUUCAUCUUACGAGAAUCCUAUCACACAACAACGAUUGCAGCAGCAAUAUAACCCUUACACCUUAUCAUCUCUUCCACAGUGUCAGAGGCAAUAUGGUGCUGAGGAGCACUGGAGGCCUCAUCCUGGUGAUGCCAACUCAGAAAAUUCUGGAGCUUGGAUGGCUGGGGGGAGAACACCUUCAUGUUCCGGUGCACCUUUUGUACAGGAUGUUGCAGGUUAUUUUAUGUUAAAUAUGGAAAGAGCAUCUUCAGGUUCUAUGAUGUUUCAUCCUCCACAUAGCACGACACCAUCUGGAACUCCUUUACCUGGCCAUACCUUCCCUCCAAUUAUAUCCAGAACAGACUUCCCUAGUAUUAAUUUCUGGAGACCAACAUAGAUAAACUGAUAUUUAGUUAUGCAUUAUGCUAAAGGAGCUUUGACGGAUCUUGAUUGCCUAAUGAGGUCUAUUUCUCCUUUUGUUUCUGCUCUUCUAUCGGUAUGGGAGCUCUAAAAUUCUGGAUGAUUAUGGAAAUAUAUUCCAUUGUUAAGGGGUAUGAUAGAUGAAAAAGAGGCAGCUAUUUUUGGCAGGAAUAUGUACAUUGUAGGUUUGCCCUUACUUCAAUAGUGCGGAAGUCUUCUCAGAGGUCAAUACAAGGCAAUGUAUAUUAGAGAAUGAUGACAUUGUCAAUAUUUUUGUCCAUCAAUUGAAAUUCUAGCAUCUUUUUGAAACUUUGUUCAUAUUGCUGAGAAGAAUUUUCAUA